AUGUCAAACAAACAGGGCAAGAUGGCCGGUUACGUACGUAUCAGUUACCGAUAUUCCACUCGUGUCGUUGACGAGAAGAUUCUUUACAGCGUGACUGACUUUGCCCGACAGAUCAACUACCGGAUGAGAGUGACUCUUAAUGAUGGCCGCCAGAUGACCGGACAGAUGCUUGCUUUUGACAAGCACAUGAACCUUGUUCUCGCCGACACUGAAGAGUUCCGACGUGUCAAGAUCAGACAGAAUAAGCCUGCCGCACCUGGAAGCUCUGGCUCGAGCCAGACAAUCGAGAAGGAGGAGAAGCGCACACUCGGUCUAACCAUUGUGCGCGGCGCGCACAUCGUAUCGCUGUCUGUUGAGUCGGAACCCCCGGCCGACCCCAGUGCCAGACUCGGAAAGAGCGCGCCAGGAGGAAUCUCCUCGACUCUUGCUGCUGGUCCUGGUGUUGCAAGACCUGCCGGCAGAGGUGCUGCUCCUGCUCCCCCUUCUUUGGCCGGUCCUGCUGCCGGUGUUGGAGGCGGCGCUCCCCCUGGAUUUCCUGGUUUUCCCGGUGCCCCGCCCUUCGGUGGACGUGGAGCGCCUCCCCCAGGCUUCCCCGGCGGUUUCCCGCCUCCCGGCUUCCCUCAAAACGCCCCUUUCCCUCCUCCAGGCUUCAAUCCUGGCCCUCCUGGUGGGGCCCCUGGCUUCAACCCUCCCCCUCGAAGAUAG